AGAUUAUAUAGUUUUAUACAGACGAACUUGUCAGCACGCAAAAGGAAACCUGUUGAGACUUCGUGGAGGAGGAAGAAGGUUUCCUUGCCUCAUCAUCACCAUCAUCUCGUUUCCCUACUUCUAGUUUGAGCCGCUGAGCUUCCUUGCCUCUUCUUCCAGCCACUAUACUUCCUGGAGGACAUUGAGCUAUCGAUAUCCAGUAAGAUGUUGGAUGAGAAUGGCUACUAUGAUCCCAACCACGGCUCCAACCCCAUACAAGCAUCCUUGGUUGACAGCCCCAACCAAUCUGUCACAUACAAUGAUCACAGCAAUGGGUUGGAUGAUGGCAAUAUCAAGCUCCCCACCUUCUCCCUCGAGGACCUCUCCCAUCAUGACAAUCUCCCUUCCGAGGAUGCAGCUCCGGAGAUUGGCCUUGACCACCUGCAACACCCGAUCAUUUUUGAUCUGGAUCAAGAGCUACAGAGCAACAUCAUCGAGGAGGGACCCCCUCCUCCGGUGGAGAGCAACAGAUGGGAGCCGUCCAUGGAACACAUCCAAGAGUCCUUCACCAUGAACCACCACCAUAUCAUCUACGAGGACCAGCAACAGGGUGUGGCAGAAGAGGAUCUCCAGAACUACGCCAUUCCUUAUCCCGAUCCGCCGUACGCAGUUGCACCCGAUCUCUUCAACAUCCUGCAGCUUCCGGCGUGCACGGUGGCUCCCACGAUGUUUCCUCCCACCGCCUCGAUCUCCUUCGGUAACCCGAGCCUUCAACCAGCGUCUUUCUCGUUUGAUGUAUACAACAACGAUGUCCCGGCGUCUCAUGACUCAACCCAGCAAAUGGGAUAUCCUCCUCCUCCUCCUCCUCCUCCCCCUCCUCCUCCUCAGUCUCGUUUGCUGAAGGACUUGUUCAGCUCACUGCCACAAAACUACGGAUUGUUUUGUGGGGUCGAUGAGAGGGAAGCAAUGGUAGGAGGAGCCAUCGGAGGGGGUAAUGUCUUCCAAGAGAUGGAUUUAAGGCGCUACGAUGGCAUUGGCUUGGACUAUGACCGGAGGGAGAUGGGAGGGUUGGGUAAAGGUGAGGGGAAGACUAGCUUCGCCACAGAGCGGCAAAGGAGGGAGCAGUUGAAUGAGAAGUACAAGGCUCUAAGGCUCCUCAUUCCAAACCCAACAAAGGCCGACAGAGCCUCCAUCGUCGGCGACGCAAUCGAGCACAUCAAAGAACUCCUGAGAACAGUUGAGGAGCUAAAAGUGCUGGUGGAGAAGAAGAGACACGGCAGGGAGAGGAGAAAGAUCCUGAAGAUGGAAGACGAGGCCACCGCCGACAUGGAGAGCUCGUCGAUUCGGCCUCUUAGCGUCGAACGUGAUGACCCACUGAGCGGCGGACUGAGGAGUUCUUUGCUGCAGAGGAGAUACAAGGACGGCGCAGUGGACGUCCGAAUCAUCGAUGACGAGGUGAACAUAAAGCUUACACAGAAGAAGAAACCCAACUGCCUGCUUGACGCUGCAAAGGCGCUGGACGAGCUCCACCUCGAUCUCGCCCACGUUGCGGGAGGAAACGUAGGAGACCACCAUGUCUACAUGUUCAAUACCAAGAUAUCUGAGGGGUCUUCGGUGUACGCAGGUGCAGUAGCCAACAAGUUCCUUCGUGUCUUAGAAGGACAACACGGAAAUCAACCAUGUCCCGUUGCAUUCUAGUGCAUGUCCUUCGAUGUUUGUCCUGUCGUUUCUUGGUUCCCUUACACUGGUAAGAAAAAGAACUGUCCCAAUCGGACAAUCAAUCAUGGUAUGUUUUAUCGACAACAAAGACAAUUUGAGUCUGGUGUUUAAGAUC